AUGAUUCCUUCUUUACAAACAAGAGUAUUUUAUGGUUUAAAAACUGAUAUAAUUUCGAAUGCACAUUAUAUUACGGAUGCAGAAAUUUUAUAUCCCGUCGGAACUGUAAUCACAGUUCAUAAUGUUCCGCAACUUAGACAAAGAUUAUUACGUUUAUCUGAAAAGCAACAGAUUAAUAUAAUUUGUGUAACACAUAAUAAGAAGUAUGUUGCAACAUGUGAAACUGGAGAAAAACCUACUAUAUCAAUUUAUGAUGUUCAAACGUUAAAAAGAAAGAAACUUCUUGGAAUACCAUAUGAUGCUCCUGGUGUGACAAGGUUUACUUGUGUAGGGUUUAGCUUUGAUAACAAGUAUCUAGUAGCAGUUACAGGAGAGCCUGAUCAAACAAUGCUUUUUUACAAUUGGGAAAAGGGAAAAAUAGAAUCUAGUAUAAAAGUAGGCACUUCUCAAAAUCCAUUGGCUAUUAUAGAAGUAUUAGCUUGUAAUCCAUCUGAUGUAGGUGUAGUUGCACUUGGAGGUCCACAUAUAUUUAAAUUUUUAACUCUUUCUGAUACUGUAUGGAGGCCAUAUGGAUUCUCUAAGGCAGACAAUAUACUUACAUGUUCAAUGACUUGGUUGAAUCCAGAUAGAUUAUUACUAGGAACUAAAGAUGGUAGAAUACUUUAUUUAGAAAAUGGUGAUUUAAAAAAUAUUUACAAAAUGAAUGAUACAAUGUUUAUGAAUCUUAAAAUACGAGAAGAAUAUGUUAUACCUGCCAGUAGUUCACUAACAAAUAUGGAUACAAAACAAGAUAUUCCAUGGGAAAACAAUGUUCGUUGUUUAAUCGCAUUUCAAAGAGGUUUUGCAUACGCAUUCGGUUUUAAAACAAUCACAGUCUUUGAAAGAGAUGGUCAGCAUAAAUACAUAAAGAGAAAUAUUUAUAUAGUUCCGACGCAACCAUCAAAGGAAGAAAAUAGAGAUUUAUAUCAGAUCAAUAGUAUAAACGUGAAUUUAAGUUCUGAUCGCUUACUAGUUACAACUGGUUGGUCUCAAUUGUUUUAUGCAAGAUUAUGGGGACCAGACCUAAAUGUAGAUCCAGAGCCACAGAAAUUACACAUUUUGGGCCAGUCGUUGCAUUACGGUCCCAUAAGUGGUCUUUCCGUGUGUGCAUGGAAAUCAAUUUUUAUGACUUGUGGAGAACUUGAUCAUAGUGUAAGAUUAUGGGAUUUUGAAACAGAAAGUUUGAUUUUACAUAAACAAUACACGGAAGAUAUUUGUGGAAUUGCUUUGCAUCCUACAGGUCUUUUCUGCUUAAUUGGCUUUAGCGAUAAGUUACGAUUUAUGAGCAUAUUAAUAGACGACCUAUUACCUAUGCACGAAUGUUCCAUAAGAUGUUGCAAGACUGUAAAAUUUAGCCAUGGCGGUCAUGCAUUUGCUGCUGUUAACGGGAAUAUCGUGCAAGUUUAUUCCUGUAUCGGUUUUACUGUCUCCUACAUUUUAAAAGGACAUACCAGCAGAGUAAAGACCGUAUUGUGGUCACGAACAGAUACAAAGCUACUGACAUUAGGUGCAGAAGGUGCUAUCUAUCAAUGGGAUAUGAGUACUGGUCGCCGUUGCGCAGAAGUAAUAUUGAAAAACAUUAUUUUACAUGAUAUUGCUCUGUCGGCUGACGAGCAGGUUGUUUACUGCAUCGCAAAUGAUAAUUUCAUAUAUGAGAUAAAAGAUAAUACGGUACGACAACAUAAUAUUCUAGUUACGGAUAUGUAUUGUAUGAUAUUAGGAAAAGAAGAUCAAGUUUUAUUUCUUAUUUGUCCUGGUGGUAUUAUUUUAUCAGUAAAAUGUCCAGUUCAAGAGCCAAUACACUAUAUAAGUUUUCACAUACACUCUACUGAUAUUACAAAGAUUGCUCUUUCUUACAAUGAACAAUUUUUAAUAUCUACUGGUAUCGAUGGUAACUUGUGCAUUUGGAAAAUAAAUUAUCCAGAAGGAAAAGGAAAGAUAGGAAAAGAGCUCCAAUAUACGAACGAAGUACUAAUUAGUAAAGGCGACCUGCAAGAAAAAAUACAAACGAUUAUAGAUCUGAAUGUUAGAAUGAGAGAAUUAGAAACUGAGCAUGCUUAUAAAAUGCGACAGAUUGAAGUUGUACAUAAUGAUAAAAUAAGGGAUCUGCAUCAAGGGUAUUGCGAAGCUAUUGAGAAACUACGGGAUAAAAUAAGCAAACAGCAGGAGGAUCAUAAGAAUGAGUUGAACACGAUAAAUGUCGAAAUAGUUAAAAUGAAAGAGAAACACGAGAAAACGAUGAAACAAGUGGAGACGAAUUAUGAUGCCAAACUUAUUAUAGAAUAUGACAGGUAUUUGGCCCUUGAAAUUUCAAUGAACACCAUGCGUCAAGAUUACGAGAAACGUCUGGAAGAAGUGGAGAGACAUGGUGUUGAGGAAUUACAGAAAGCAACAAAUAAAUAUGAGGCUCUUCUUCACGAAAAGAAAUUACAAUUAGAAGAGACACAGGAUGAAAUGGCCCAACAGGCACGAGUGCAUGAACAGAUGGCAACGCAAAUAGAAGACGACGCUGACCAGGAAAUAUUGGAGCUCAGAACAAAUUAUGAAACAAUGCUCUAUGAGGAAAAAGAGUUAAACAUAAAAUUGAAAGGAGAAGCUGGAACGAUGCGUAAUAGAUAUAUGGCUAGUUUGAAAGAUGUUGAGGAAUUGAAAAGACAAGUACAACGAGUUCAGGGCGAAUACGGCUAUUUCCAGAAAACUAUUCAGGAACUGGAGAAAGAUAAGGAAGAAUUAAAAAAGGAGAUAAAUGAAAGAGAUACCACGAUUCAAGAUAGGGAAGGUCAGAUAUAUGAGUUAAAGCGGACGAAUCAAGAAUUGGAAAAAUUCAAGUUUGUUUUAAAUUAUAAGAUCACGGAAUUGAAGAAUCAAAUCGAGCCGCGGGAUCAAGAGAUUAAAGAGCUCAAAGACAAGAUCAGAGAUAUGGAAACGGAGCUUGUGAAUAUUCAUCAAAUCACUGUUAGUUUAGAAUUACAAUCGUACGAAUUGAGAGAAAAAUUGGGAGCUGCUAGACGCGAAUAUCAAUAUGAACUGCAGCGAAAUAAAAAGUGUCAACGACUUUUGAAAAAAAUUCGAGUUGAUUUGCUUGAUGUUUCGGGGCUUGUGCAAGAACCAGAACCAUUGAAAAAUGCCAUAACGAAAUUGUAUCACAAGUACUGCUCCAGUGAUGAAUUUUUACGCAGUCGUAAAGCGGAUUUAGAUGCGCAAUGUGAGUUUAUAAAGCAGAGAGAUCAUUUAGAGAGAACAAUAGCUUCCCUUAGAAAACAGGUCUUCCAGGAUAAAGGAAGUAGCGGUAAAGAUAUAGAUAAAAGGGUAGAGGAAAAUAUUAUUUUGAUUGUGGAGUUGAACACUUUAAGGGAAGCAUUGAAAGAAGCAAGAAAACAGAUAUUACACAUGGAAGGUUUGUUAGGCUUAACAGCAAAAGAUGUAAAACCGUCAGAAGCGAGGAAAAAGAUGGAUCAAGCAUGUUACGGGUACGAACAAUUACAAAAUGAUUAUCGAUCUCAAAUGCAAGAAUGUCAGAAUAUAAUAAUUGCAUUAAAAGAAGACAUGUAUAAAUUGAUAAGCAAGCUACCUUGUGAUGAACCAGAAACUAAAGUAACUUUUUAG